CAUUUUAAGAAAUUAUCCAUUUAUGUUAUUAGUUAUCAGUGGGUAUACAGAUCUGCUCCUGACAACAUCUUCAAUCGAAAGCUUAGAUCAAUGAGUCAUUUUGGGAGUCUGUGAUUCUGGGAGAACUCGUCUAAACUUAAAGCUCGUCGCUGCUGAGCUGAGGUAGUGGAUCUGGUCAGCCGUUCUCAGUUGUGCGCACAAAGCAUUGCAAUGCAAGCGUUCUCCAGAAGUCAGUGGCUGUUGCUGAUUGUUUCGGUCGGCGUGGUGGCCGAAUAUUGUGACAAUGGCACCGGCGAAUGCAAGGACCUGACCCCCACCGACUGUCCAGUGAUAUUCUACAACCAGCACCUGAUUGGAUCGGAAGUCAAGUACUGUGACGAGUUUAACGAUAUUGUAUGCUGUCCCAUACCGCUGGAUCACCAGAAUCGAAAACCUGUCGAGCAGACGAGGCCUUUUGAGAAGCAGUGCAAGCAGUACAAUGAGGGGAGAACUGCCUGUCGCUCCACGCCUUUCAUCGUGGGCGGCACAAAGGCGUCUGGUCGGGAAUUCCCCUUCAUGGCCCUGAUCGGCACCCAUCGAUUCAACAAAUCCGAAAUCAGUUGGGACUGCGGUGGUGCUGUGGUGCAUCCCAGAUUCAUUCUGACAGCAGCCCAUUGCCUGGAGACGGACGAAUUAAAGGCCGAACGGUUGGACCCCAAUUUCGAUUCGCCAAAGUUUGUAGUUCGCCUGGGGGACUUGGACUAUAACAGUACUACCGAUGAUGCCGACGUUCAGGACUUUCGGGUGGUCAACUACGUGGUGCAUCCGGGCUAUGACAGUGACAAUGAGGACGAAGGUGGCUUCAAAAACGACAUUGCUCUGGUGGAACUAGAUCGGGAGGCUGUGUUUAAUGACCAUGUUGCGGCAGUCUGUCUGCCGCCCAGCAGCGGCAACGAGAACGCUCAGGUGACCACCGCCGGCUGGGGAUUCACCGCGGAGGGCGUGAAGUCCUCUCACCUUCUGAAGGUCAGUCUGCAGCGAUUCACCGACGAGGAGUGCCAGAAGCGCCUGCGCUUUAGCAUCGAGACGCGCACCCAGUUCUGCGCAGGGUCAAUGACCAGUGAAGCGGACACCUGCAACGGCGACUCCGGCGGUCCCAUCUUCGUGCAGCAUCCGCUCUAUCCGUGCUUAAAGCAAGUGAUCGGCAUCGUCUCUUACGGAUUGGUUUGUGGUUCCCAAGGGCUGCCGAGUGUCUACACCAAAGUGCACCUUUUUACGGACUGGAUCGAGAGUAUUGUGUGGGGCAAUUAG